GUGUUUAUUUUACUCGUAAAAGGUGAAUGACAUAAACAGACCUUCAUCGGUCAAGCUCGUGUUUUUUUUUUUUUUUUUUUUUUAAAUGGUAGUAAAUAAUGUGUUCGUGUCCGUAUUGCAUUCUUUUUUCUUUGAUAACAACUACUGUCAGCCGGAAUCCUUCUGGCAGAAAACCUUCAAAGAAAACUAAACUUAAUGACGUCACAACGGCGCCAUAUUUCGAGUCAGUAGCGCUUCCAGCAGGAACUAAACCGAAGGUGUGUUAAUGAUUGGAAUGAUGGAAAGCUCCUACCAAAUCAGUUCUAUGAUCAUGUACGAUGACGAAUCGGUCGACGUGCGGUUUUCUGACGGAUCCCAGCUUCAGCUGUCGUCGUGUGGCUGCGAAUUUGUAUUCAUUCCACCGGCUAAGUGCAGCGGUCCUCCGCCAGCAACCACCUCUAGAGUUCGACAGCGGACCAGGUUCACCACCAGCGCUUACAGGGAGAUGACGUCGGCAGCCUUGUCCUUUAGGAAUAAAUAUGCCUCUAGACCUUACCUUCCUGAAGAGCUCAUUCCUUCUGCCCACAAGCAGACAGCCUUUGGACAGCAUUGACACUGGUGUCCAGUGGCCGAGCUGGUCUUCUGCGUGUUGCGAGCUGAGUGCUGAAGGCGAGACAGUGGUCAAGGCGGAGGAUGGACGAGCCCAGUUGAAGCUGUCUCCCUCUGGUGAAGAGUUCUCGGUCCAAUUCUCCUGCAGACUCAGCCAGCCACACCGUGAGAGCAGCGGGGAACCAAAGCACAUCGAGGGGUCGUACCAGUCGACCACUGUGGUCCAGCACCACUCCUGCUUGAGCGUUCCUCCAACAUGGCACCACCCACUCUCCUUGGCUCGGACUCACAGGUCUGAACCGAACGGAGAUGAUGCACACAGAACCUCUGAUGAGAUCAAAGCAUCAGGACCGACAUUUGAAAGGAACUCCUCUCUUCCCGUGGCUCUUCCUCUGACAUGUUCGGCGCCUCACCGCCACAGGUGGAAAGACCAAGACCUACCAGACCAAGACUUUCCAAGCGAGCUUCUGAAGGUGAUGUGGUGUAAAGGAGUGACCUAUAGGAUUCUUGGUGGAACCGUUCCAGUCGUGGAAGUGUCUCCAGGAGAUGGAUCAGUCAUGCGUUCUAAUGGCAUUCUAAGCAAUUAUUUUACUCAUUACAAACCAGAGUUCACAUCAGACGGGGUUGUUUCAAAAGUGAAAGAACUCACUCACCAUCUAAAGAGUCUUCCACCGGAUGUUCCCGGGCAAAACUCUGUCUCUUCCCUUGUGAGACGUGCAAGCAGGAUCCUCAGCUGCUACAACCAGGCCAAGCAGUCACUGAGGCUGUCUGUCUUACCCAGCUGUUUGCAAGAGGACAAAAUCUUUGCAACGGCAGCAUCAUUUGAAGACAGCUUGUCUAACCUGACACAGUCUGAGGUGCAUCUGAAUGAACACACAAGAGAGAGUUUGUCAGACCUUGUUGCUGUGGAACUAGAGAAAAUAAAAAGGUUCAACUUUCUAGUUGAACACUGCUGUACACCUCUGAGGAGUACAAGAACAAAGGAGCCCAUUUGUGAAACCAAGGAACCCAUGAGUGAGAGAAGCAUUACAGAGGCUCUGCAGAGGACUUCGCGGGUGCUGCAGGAUAUUGAUUCUGUUCUGUCUACAGCGCCGAUCACCUGAAAGGUCCUCCAUGUUGACAGUAUUUUAAUCUUCUCUGUCGUGUCACAAGGUUACUUCACUGGGGGAGAUGACAGAAACUGCUGUCUGAUAAUGGUAUUCUCUAUGUGAAUGUGUGUUAAAGGUUGUAGAAUUACAAUAUAUCGUCUCUGCCCCGUGGCGUUUAUUUAAACUUUUUUUUUUAAUGCAAAAGGUGGCAAUAAUAGAAUACAGCUAAACAAGCCUAAAUCUUUCUCCUGUGGUGCUUCUAAGAUCUAACAUGAUGCAUCACUGCAAGCUUGAUCCGGUUCUUUCUCUUCUGAUGUAAUGUGAAGGUGUAAGAUACCACACCACUUGCAUGCAGGAAAUGGAAACAGCCCAAAAUAAUAAUGAACUGCUAGGUCGUGACGCUGCAUCGUUUUGCAGUGCAUUGGAUUUGAUGUGGCACAACUGUGUUGUCUUGCUGUAGAACUUUGAAUUCAACAAUGUUGUCUGUUGUCAAACAAAUUUGCAAUUUUGCAACUUUAGCAAUGGAAUUUUUGAUCAUGAAAAAGGGA